UGGCACCACACAAAUCUUCGUUGAGAUUCGUACGCCUGUACUUUCCGAUUGACUUUCUCCUCUUUUUGCAUGCCCCUCUCUCUCUCAGUAGGAAUCAUCAGGUAAUUAACACGAGGCACACCUUACGUGACGUGCUCAUCAGUAGCAGACGUACGAGUCGACGCAGAGUAUAUAUCUAAGAGAAGUACAGCACCGGGCGUGUGGAGCUGAUUCAGAAAUGCAGAGAGGGUCGUCGCAGCUGGACUUGGUGCUGGUGCCGCUGGGCCUGGCGGUGAUGGUGGUCUACCACCUCUGGCUGCUCUUCCGCAUCCGCCGCCACCCGGAGACCACCGUCAUCGGCAUCAACGCCAUCAACCGCCGCAUCUGGGUCCGCCACAUCAUGGAGGAGUCGUCCGGGAAGCACGCGGUGCUGGCGGUGCAGACGAUGCGCAACAGCAUCAUGGCCUCCACCGUGCUCGCCUCCGUCGCCAUCACGCUCAGCUCACUCGUCGCCGCCCUCAUGGCCAGCGGCGCCGCCCACGGACUCUUUGGAGGCAGCGAGAGCCAGCUCGUCGUGGGCGCCCACGGCGAGGUCGCGAUGUCCAUCAAGUUCUUCGCGAUCCUCGUCUGCUUCCUCGUCGCCUUCCUCCUCAACGUGCAGUCCAUCCGCUACUACAGCCACGCGGGGCUCCUCGUCAACGUCCCGCUGCGCGCGCACCGCCGCCCGGCCUGCGCCGUCGGGUACGUCACCACCACGCUGAACCGCGGCGUCUACUUCUGGUCGCUCGGCGUCCGCGCCUACUACUUCUCCUGCCCCGUCUUCCUCUGGCUCUUCGGGCCCAUCCCCAUGUGCGCCUCUUGCCUCGCCAUGGUCGCCGCGCUCUACUUCCUCGACGUCAACAAGGAGUGGGACAAGAACGAUGAGACCAGCAACAACAACGGCGAUGUCGAUGGCCAAGAAAGGAAGACGGCCGCCGCCGGCAGGCAGGUGGCUCCAGAAGUCGUGUAAAUUGUCAACAGGGUCCAGGCAUGUCAUGUCCUCUGCUAGUGAUUAACAAGGGAUCAGGAUUCAAUGCUCGUUGAAUCCAGAUUAUAAUCAGUACUAUACUGUACUGUAGCAAAUAAAUUUGAUAUCCUUGGUGUUUACCUAGGACCUGCUUGGGCCUUGUGGUACAAUCCUCCGGGAGAGGUCAUUGAUGAUGCAAAGUCAACUCCAUG